GAGCCCGGAGCCCGGAGAUUGAAUUAUUGAAGUGAGCCCCGAUUUGGGAGAGAGAGAGAGGGAGAGAGGGAGGGGCGGGUAUUUGAGUAUGAGCCAAAGCUUGAAUCGUCCAAUUCCCCCUCUUAUUAUCCUUAUUCACAAUGGCUAAGCGCACAAAGAAAGUCGGAAUCACCGGUAAAUACGGUACCCGUUAUGGUGCCUCUCUCAGAAAGACCGUAAAGAAGAUGGAAAUCACUCAACAUUCCAAGUACACCUGUACCUUCUGUGGUAAGGAUGCUGUCAAGCGUACUGCCGUCGGUAUCUGGAAGUGCAAGGGUUGCAAGAAGACCAUGGCUGGUGGUGCUUACACUGUCUCCACCACUGCUGCUGCCACUGUCCGUUCCACUGUCCGUCGUCUCCGUGAAUUGGCCGAAAUCUAAAUUACUUUCAUUUAUUUUUUAAAAUAAUUCACCCUCCCACUUUAUU